UUGUUUCUUUAUAUCGUAUAUUUUGAAGAACUUAAAAAUUCUAAGCUCUUUGAUCGCCCAAAUGCUUUGACAAAUCUCAGUGGACUUAAAGUGUACUUAUCGCAGUUGACUUUUGAUUUUAUUGUCAUUUUAGAUGCCAACUGUCAACUCAACUAAUUCAUUUAAUCAUCAUUCGUCGUUGAUAUAAAAUUUGUAAAUUUAUUGAGAAAUUUCGUUAAUGAAAAUAUGGCUAACAAGAUUCUAAUGGUUUGUUCGGGUAAUAGUGUCUGUUCACCAAUUGCUGAAGCGGUUAUGGCCGACAUUAUCGAAGAGGCUGGCAUGAGCUAUUGCUGGCAGGUACGCAGCGCUGCCCUGGUCGGUUGGCAUUCUAAUUAUCGCUGCGAUGAGGAGCCUUUAUGUGUUUGCACGGAUGAUGGUAUGCUUUUUUUAAAUCGACCCAGGCAAAUGAUAUGGGAGGACUUCGAGCGAUUCGAUUAUAUAUUCGGCAUGAAUAAGGAAAUUGUAAAAGAUUUGAAACGCGUGGCUCCGAUAAAAUGCAAAGACCGAAUUCAACUACUUGGUGAUUAUGGUUUGGCGAAAAAUGAAAGCAUUAUUGAUGAUUCUCAUUACGAAAACGGUAAUGAGGACUUGAAAAAGGUUUAUCAGAAGUGCACAAUAGCGUGUAAUGCCUUUCUUGGAGAAUAUGCCGAGUUAGUACAAGAGAUACGCGAUUAGAAGUUUUCUUAGUAAUUGCUUCUACGUCACAUAAGUAUCUCAUUCUCGUCUUUAAAAUCAUCCAAAAAAAUUACGUAAACACAAUCGGACCAUUAGAGGAAAACAGUGCCAAAGUUCUCUAUGCUAAUUAAUAUCAUGUAAAUAUUUAAAAGAAAACAAU